AUGACGACGUCGUUUCGAUCUCCGGCGGGAGUCGCCACCGUGUUUUCCGCCGAUCAGAAGAUCCGGCUUGGGAGGCUCGAUGUUCUGAGGUCAUCUCGUACGGGUUUCCUCGGAAGAAAUGUGAGCGGUGUUCAUUCGGUGCCUCCAUCGUCAUCAUCUUCUUCGUCUAUCCAAGCCGUAUCUACGCCGGCGAAGACUGAGACGGCGAAAACCACCAAGAGGAGUAAGGUUGAAAUAAUCAAGGAGAAGAGUAAUUUCAUAAGGUAUCCUCUUAACGAGGAGCUUCUUACAGAGGCUCCAAACGUCAAUGAAUCGGCGGUGCAGCUCAUCAAGUUCCAUGGAAGCUACCAACAGUACAACAGAGAGGAACGUGGUGGAAGAUCUUACUCUUUCAUGCUCCGUACUAAGAACCCAAGUGGCAAGGUCCCUAACCAGCUCUACUUGACUAUGGAUGACUUAGCUGAUGAGUUUGGCAUUGGUACGCUUCGUUUGACUACUAGGCAAACGUUUCAGCUUCAUGGUGUUGUGAAGCAGAAUCUCAAGACUGUGAUGAGCUCAAUUAUAAAAAACAUGGGUAGCACUCUUGGUGCUUGUGGUGAUCUGAACAGAAAUGUUCUUGCUCCGGCUGCGCCUUAUGUCAAGAAAGACUAUCUGUUUGCGCAAGAAACAGCCGAUAACAUCGCAGCUCUUCUCAGUCCUCAAUCAGGGUUCUAUUAUGACAUGUGGGUUGAUGGUGAGCAGUUUUUGACAGCUGAGCCACCUGAGGUUGUGAAGGCUAGAAAUGAUAACUCUCAUGGAACUAACUUUGUCGACUCUCCUGAGCCCAUUUAUGGCACUCAGUUCUUGCCGAGGAAGUUCAAGAUCGCUGUAACUGUGCCUACUGAUAACUCCGUUGAUCUUCUCACCAAUGACAUUGGUGUUGUUGUAGUUUCAGAUGAAAAUGGGGAACCCCAGGGUUUCAAUAUAUACGUUGGUGGAGGUAUGGGAAGAACACACAGAAUGGAGUCUACUUUUGCUCGCAUUGCGGAACCAUUAGGUUACGUGCCUAAGGAGGAUAUUUUGUAUGCUGUGAAGGCCAUUGUUGUCACACAGCGAGAACACGGCAGAAGAGAUGAUCGCAAAUACAGUAGAAUGAAGUAUCUGAUCAGCUCCUGGGGAAUUGAAAAGUUCAGAGAUGUGGUUGAGCAAUACUAUGGUAAAAAGUUUGAGUCUUCCCGUGAUUUGCCAGAGUGGGAGUUCAAGAGUUAUUUGGGAUGGCAUGAGCAGGGAGAUGGUGCUUGGUUUUGUGGGCUUCAUGUAGACAGUGGACGCGUUGGUGGUAUCAUGAAAAAGACACUGAGAGAAGUCAUCGAGAAGUACAACCUUGAUGUGCGUAUCACACCCAAUCAAAACAUUGUAUUAUGUGAUAUCAAGAGCGAAUGGAAGCGCCCCAUCACCACGGUGCUUGCUCAGGCUGGCCUACUGCAACCAGAGUUUGUAGACCCUCUCAACCAAACCGCAAUGGCUUGCCCAGCUUUUCCUUUGUGCCCUCUAGCUAUAACCGAGGCAGAGCGUGGGAUUCCCAGCAUUCUAAAACGAGUGCGAGCAAUGUUUGAGAAGGUUGGUCUUGAAUAUGAUGAAUCCGUUGUGGUAAGAGUUACUGGUUGCCCUAAUGGAUGUGCUAGACCAUACAUGGCUGAACUCGGUCUAGUCGGGGAUGGUCCAAACAGCUAUCAGGUUUGGUUAGGUGGAACACCGAACCAGACACAAAUAGCGAGGGCUUUCAUGGACAAGGUGAAGAUUCACGACUUUGAGAAAGUCUUUGAGCCAUUGUUUUACAACUGGAAAAUUGGGAGACAAUCAAAGGAAUCAUUUGGAGAAUUCACAACCCGCAUGGGAUUUGAGAAACUCAAGGAGCUGAUAGAUACAUACGAAGGAUCUCCUAAGUAG